AUGCUCAGGUCAUCACUCAGGUGCCAUCAGAUCAAGAGGUUCAUGUCUGAGCAGGUAAAGUUCGGAUCCAAGGGCGUUUCACGCGUGGUAACGCUGUCGAGGCCUGAAAAGCUCAAUGCGCUCUCUGACCAGAUGUGCCGGAAGAUGAUACCGACCCUUCAAGAGUAUGCGAAAAGCGAAACAAACAACAUUGUGGUCAUCGGCUCUGCAAACGCUCCCAGGUCGCUGUGUUCUGGAGGAGACGUGGCUACCGUCGCCUUGCAGAAUAUCGCGGGGAAGCGCGACCUCUCGCUUGAGUUUUUCCGCAAUGAAUACUCCUUAAACCUGCUCUUGGCAACUUACAACAAGCCAGUGGUCGUAUUGAUGGAUGGUAUCACUAUGGGCGGAGGCGUUGGCUUGGCCACACAUGUACCGUUCCGGAUUGCGACCGAGAACACUCGUUGGUGCAUGCCUGAAAUGGACAUCGGAUUCUUUCCUGACGUCGGUACUACGUUCUCACUUCCUCAACUAACAACUGUUGGAGGCACCAAAGGCCAGCUAGCGCUUUAUUUAUGCCUCACAGGCGAUCUUUUGAGCGGCAUCGACGUGUACAUGGCUGGGUUAGCGUCUCAUUAUGUGCCAAGUCACAACCUUGUGGAUCUCCAGGCGAGACUGGGAGAGCUUCCGGUCACCAACUCCGAGGAAAUGUGGCAAAUAACAGGCAAUGCCAUUGAGGAGUUUUCUGUUGGCAUUCCUGAGGACUACAACUUCAAGUACUCUAAUGCCCAGCUAGACGUGAUUGAAAGUUGCUUUGAUAUUGGGCAUGGUUGGAAGGGAAUUAACACUGCCCUUGAGAAGGUUGUGAACUCCAGCUCUGCGUCGCCCGAAGAAAAGGAAUUCGCGCGCUUAACUUUGCAGAAACUUGGUACAAAGAGCCCCGUUUCAGUCCAGGUUGCUAUUGAGCAGUUCCGCAGAAAUUCUCAGACAGAUGUCGAGUCUGCCUUGAAGCAAGACCUGGUCACAGCUUCUAAUAUGUGCGAGGACCCAGCUUCCGAAUUCUCCCAGGCUACUAAGCACAAACUUGUUGAUAAGAGCAAAUCUGCAUUUCCUUGGACAAAAACAUCUUUGACCCUUGAAGAGCUCUCACGUUUAGUAUCUCCCCGUGCAUCCGCAUCUGUGUCACUCCAGAAGUUUGACAAGGCAGUCACCUGGAAGAAGUACCCCUACCACUCUCAAUUUAUGCUUCCAACUGAGCAAAACUUCAAAGACUAUAUCACAGGAAAUGAUAAUUCUGGAAGGUCACUAGCUGCGAACCAGGCGGAAGUUGUGAAGUACUUCUCGCAGUAUAACUCAUCCUCCAAAGGAAAGACGGGGAUUGAAUAUUUGUGCAACCUGGUCUGCUCCAGGAAAUGUACUGUUGGUGAUGCUGGUGAGCUGCGCUGGAACAACUAA